AUGGGUGGCUGUGUUGUAUCUUUGUUGGACUCGAGAAAUCGUUACUCUGUUAUUCCUCACCCCGAUGUGGAGAAUUUCCGUGCUAUUGGAAAUCUGAACAUCCCGGUCGCUGGUACAGAGACUCCCAAUUCAUCCCCUAUUUACCGCAUCAGCGGAAUAACAGAAGAGGAAAACAAAAAAAUCGCCAAAGAUGCGUAUAAUGGGCCUAAUCUCUUUCAGCAAUUUGAGAAGAUAUGCAACAGAGAUCCAUCAGAAAAUAUACUCGCUUACCGCCCUAUUGACCGCAUCGCAACAGAAAGAAUGAAGGAUGUGAACACAGGGAAAGAAAAGGAGAUGACUGUGACGUAUUUUAAGAAAACAGAGUACAUGACUUGUAAAGAGUUAUGGGAAUGCAUUGUCUCUUUUGGAAGAGGCCUUGUAGAACUUGGUAUCUCAAAGAAUGCUAAUGUGGCUAUUUACGAAGAAACUCGAUGGGAGUGGUUGGCUACUAUUUACGGUAUAUGGUCCCAAAAUAUGACGGCGGCUACGGUGUAUGCAAACCUCGGAGAAGAGGCAUUGGCCUACGCACUUAAAGAAACUUCUUGUGAGGGAAUUAUUUGCGAUGCGAAGAAUGUUGUUUGGCUUGUGAAAUUCAUGUCAGAAGGUACGAUUCCCCAGGCUGUUAUUAUUUACAAUGGGACAUUACCCAAUUCCUUUGAUGCCAAAGAUUGUCGUUUAGUUCCUUGGACAGAAGUGGUGGAAUUGGGUCGAGCCGCUGGGGAUCGCAUUCCAAUGCAAACACCCAAUAAUAAUGAUGCCAUUGCAUUUAUUAUGUAUACAAGUGGAACUACAGGAAACCCUAAAGGGGUGAUGCACUCACAUGGUUCUGUAUCCGCUGGUGUGAAGGGGUUAUCUUUUCGUUUAUUGGAUAAUGUUGGUCCCUACACAAAGGGAGAAACCUAUUGUGUCUAUCUCCCACUUGCACAUAUUAUGGAAUUUUCAGUGAUGAGUAUCUUUUCCUCUCGUGGUGCUUUACUUUGUUUUGGAACUCCACGAACGUUAACAAAACUUACGGCCCGUCCACAUGGUGACUUUGAGGAGUUCAAUCCCGUAUUCAUCAUUGGUGUUCCACGUGUUUACGAUACUCUUAUGAAAGCCGUUCAGGCAAAUCUACCACCUGUUGGUUCGCUCAAACGUUCUGUAUUUGAUCAUGCGUAUAUAAGUCGACUAAAGGCAUUAAAAGAAGGAUAUGAAACGCCAUUUUGGAAUAAAAAAGUAUUUGCCCCUGCACGAGCUAUUCUUGGUCGUAAUCUCCGCAUUGUUCUCUCCGGUGGUGGUCCUCUCAGUGACGCCACACAAGACUUUGUGAAUGUUGUGUUUGGCCCCAUUUCACAGGGCUGGGGACUCACAGAGACGGUGUGUGUGGGCGGCAUUCAGCGGCGGGGCGAUAUGGACGUAAACACCGUUGGGCAGAUGGAGCCAAUGGCGGAGUUGAAGUUGUUGGAUGUGGAGGGAUACAAACACACAGACAGGCCAGAACCCCGUGGAGAGAUUUUACUGCGGGGUCCUUUUCUGUUUAAAGGAUACUACAAGCAGGAGGCCCUCACACGUGAGGCAAUUGAUGAGGAUGGAUGGUUCCACACAGGAGAUGUUGGUAGUAUCGCUCCAAAUGGGUGUUUGCGUAUUGUGGGCCGUGUAAAGGCAUUGGCAAAGAAUGUGUUGGGAGAGUACAUUGCGAUGGAGGCACUGGAAUCUAUGUAUGCACAUAAUCAAUUGUGUAUGCCUAAUGGUGUUUGUGUGCUCGUCCAACCAGACAAAUCCUAUAUCUGCGCACUGGCAUUAACAGAUGAGUCCAAGACGAUGGACUUUGCAAAGAAACAUGGUAUCACAGGUACUUAUCCUGAGAUUCUAUACGAUCCAGUAUUUCGCCGCAAGGCAACAGAGUCUAUGCAGGCAACGGCACGUUUGGCGGAUCGACAGAAGUUUGAGUGUGUGCGUCAUGUGCGUUUUCUCAGCGAUGAAUGGACCCCUGAAAAUGAAAUUUUAACAGCCGCUGGGAAAUUAAAACGUCGCGUGAUUGAUAUAAAAUAUGCCGAUGUUAUUAAGGAAUUAUUUCAGGAUCCAUGA